AUGGUAAGAGACGGUCGCCUCAAGAAAAAGAAAAAAAAAGAAUCAAAAGGGGUGAGAGGCACCUGCCUCUCAUCACGUGCAUAUCAAGAGGCGCAUGCCUCAUGGGAUGGGGAAGGAGGCGGUUGCCUCUUGGUGCAAGAGAGGCAAUCACGGUUGCCUCUUAGAGAGAAGCCAACGAUCAUGGUCUCCGAGAAGCUUAGAGAAGCGGGUUUACAAGUGUUGAGAAAACUAGGUAAUGUGGUAUGUGCUUAUGACCUUUCACCUGAAGAGUUUUGCACGAAGAUCUCAACAUGUGAUACUUUGAUCAUGAGAAGUGGUACCAAAUUUACGAGGAAAGUGUUUGAAGCUGGUAAAGGAAAGUUGAAAGUUGUUGGUAGAGCUGGUGUUAGGAUUGAUAAUGUGAAUCUACACGCUGCUACUGAAUUUGGUUGCCUUGUUGUUAAUGCUGCAGAACAUGGAAUUGCACUUCUUGCUGCUAUGGCUUGUAAUGUUUCUCAGGCGGAUGCUUCCCUAAAAGCUGGUACGGUGCAUGUUUACAAUCUAGAUCAAGUGUGUGUUUCGUUUUAG